GGUGCGGGCGGGGGCCGACGCCGGCUGCCCCCCGGCCCGCCCCGCCGCCGCACGUGUUCCGGCGGGCCGGGCCCAGGUCCCGGGUCCCGGGUCCCGGGUCCCAGGUCCCAGGUCCCAGGUCCCGGGUCCCGGCCCUCCCCGCCGGGGCCCUCCCCGUGCCGGCGCCCCGCGCCCCCACCGCCUCCCUUCCGGGUGCCCACCCCGCGGCCCUCGCCCGCCCCCGGCCCCCGGCGGCGACCCCUCCGCCUCCUCGGGGCCCAGCCCCCUCCCCGAACGUACCCCGCGACCGUGCUGCGGCCCCCCAGCGGCCAGGUGACAGCCCGCAGGCCGGGGCCUGGGACCUCCUGCUGCAGCCGGCGCGCGUCUCCCCGAGCUCUCCGCUGCUCCUCCGAAGAAAGACCCCAGACCCGGCGGCGGGGUCCUGGCCGGGCGCGCAGACCGCGGCUCCCCUCUUCUGCGGAAACGCCCCCCGCUGCGCCCUGCUGCUGACCCCCAGCCCAGGCGGCCGGGCCCCAGGUCCUUGACCCGGCGCUUCAGCGCUGGCAGGUGCUGUGCCAGACGCUGCCUCUGAGGUCGGCCCGGCCCCCUCCUAGAAGGCAGAUAGUCCUCCACUGUAGGUUUCGAUUAGCAGACAGCUCUUUGCACUGUGAGUCUUCGCUUGGAGCUGUGAACUCUACCCGCGUCUGCCUGCCUGGUGGGCUUCAGAGCCAUGGCAACGGAGGAGAAGAAGCCAGAGACGGAGGCCGCCAGAGCACAGCCCACCCCUUCCUCCUCGGCUACGCAGAGCAAGCCUACCCCUGUUAAACCAAACUACGCUCUAAAAUUCACCCUGGCUGGCCACACAAAAGCCGUGUCCUCCGUGAAAUUCAGCCCGAAUGGAGAGUGGCUGGCAAGUUCGUCUGCUGAUAAGCUCAUUAAAAUUUGGGGAGCAUAUGACGGAAAGUUUGAGAAAACCAUAUCUGGUCACAAGCUGGGGAUAUCAGAUGUGGCCUGGUCAUCAGAUUCCAACCUCCUCGUUUCUGCUUCAGAUGAUAAAACCCUAAAGAUCUGGGAUGUGAGCUCGGGAAAGUGUCUGAAAACCCUGAAGGGGCACAGUAACUACGUCUUCUGCUGUAACUUCAAUCCCCAAUCCAACCUCAUUGUCUCGGGCUCUUUUGACGAAAGCGUGAGGAUAUGGGAUGUGAAAACAGGGAAGUGCCUCAAGACUUUGCCUGCACACUCGGACCCGGUCUCAGCUGUACAUUUUAAUCGGGAUGGAUCCUUGAUAGUGUCAAGUAGCUAUGAUGGUCUCUGCCGGAUCUGGGACACUGCCUCGGGCCAGUGCUUGAAGACGCUGAUUGAUGACGACAACCCUCCUGUAUCUUUUGUGAAGUUCUCUCCAAAUGGCAAGUACAUCCUGGCCGCAACCUUGGACAACACACUGAAGCUCUGGGACUACAGCAAAGGGAAGUGCCUGAAGACAUACACCGGCCACAAGAACGAGAAAUACUGCAUUUUUGCCAAUUUCUCAGUCACUGGCGGGAAGUGGAUUGUGUCUGGUUCAGAGGACAACUUGGUAUACAUCUGGAACCUGCAGACCAAGGAGAUUGUACAGAAAUUACAGGGCCACACAGACGUCGUCAUCUCGACAGCCUGCCACCCGACAGAGAACAUCAUCGCCUCGGCCGCACUGGAGAACGACAAGACCAUCAAGCUCUGGAAGAGUGACUGCUAGGCGCUGUGGUUGCCGCAGGGGGGACGGUCAAGACGGUGGCCGGGCGGCGGGAGCACAGUGUCUGGAAGGGCACCCCUCAGUCUGGGCCUGGGGGUCGGGAGAGGCCUGGAUUAAGCCGCCCCUGAGGACGAUGUGGCGGAGGGACCAGAAAGUUCUAGAAGUUGCUGGUGAUGUUCUGGCAAUCCCUCUCACACUGUCUGGGGAAGUUUCUAGUCUGUAUUGUGUUCACACGGAGUCCACGCAAAUUUUUAAUUUUUUAUUACAGAAGGGUGAAGUUCAA